AUGACUGUUACCAAGCUGAAGGUAACAAAGCCAAAGGUUGUUAAGAAGGCUGCAGUUAAAAAGAGUACUACUAGUGCAGGUGGUAAGCCAGUACCUCCAGCCACUUCACAUGCCUACAAAUAUAAUGCUAAUCCAGAUACUGGGAAGAAAUAUUGGCUUAUAAAAUCAGAACCAGUAACAAGAAUUGAUCCUAAAACAAAGCAAGACGUGAAAUUCCCACUUUCUGAUCUUAUUGGAAAGGAUCGAAUUGAAGGUUGGGAUGGUGUUCGUAACUAUGAGGCUCGGAAUAAUAUGUUAGUUAUGUCCAAAGGUGAUAUAGCACUUUUUUAUCAUUCAAAUUGUGAUAUUCCUGGAAUCGUGGGAGAAGUUGAGAUAGCGAAUGAAGCACAUAUAGAUGAUACUCAAUUUGAUAUAAAGCAUAAAUCAUUUGAUGCCAAAUCUACACCUGAAAACCCAAAAUGGUGGUGUGUUGAUGUUAAAUUUUUAAGAAGAUUAAGAAGAAAAAUUUCAUUAGCUGAACUUAAAGAUCGUGCAUCUGAAUUACCAGAUUUUCUUCUUCUUACUAGAGGAAGAUUAAGUGUAAUUCCAGUCGGUUAUGAAUUAUAUACGAAAUUGGUUGCAAUCGAGCAAGAGGGACAAAUUGCAGAUGAUUUAGAUUGUGACAUUUCUAGGGAUUUAAUAGAAGUAAAGUAA